ACACACACACACUUCCUGCUUCAACAGCUCGCAGCACGAUCUUCGUUUUUAUCGUCCCUUUCCGCCAUAAUUCUUCCGGAGCUUCCAAAGCACUUGAAGCCAUAGAAAUCCCCUUCCACAGCUCCUAUAAACCCCGAAGCUCUACAUCAUCGUUCCUCUGGCUACUCUCAUCGCUUCGCAUUCUUCUUCGAUUGUUAGGAGGAACUUCGGCGGAGCUCUCAUGGCUGCUAUUGCGGGAUCCAGUGCCGUCGCCCUCAAAUCCGCCGGAACCUCCGCAGAUUUCCGAAGCUCCUCCGGUGAAAGGAGCAUCGGCCAGUUCCGUCCGGUUUCCAGCCAAGUCAGCAGCAACCUCCACGCUGUUCGCGCUAGCCUCCAGUGCAGAUCGCGAAGUUCCGUCGCAUCUUCUGGCGUGAGAGCUCAGGUUGCUACUGCGGAACAAGCGAGCACGGAGGCGGUUCAGAAGGUGGAGUCGCCUGUAGUUAUAGUGACUGGAGCGUCGAGGGGCAUCGGCAAAUCAAUUGCAUUGUCCUUGGGGAAAGCAGGUUGCAAGGUUUUGGUAAACUAUGCAAGAUCGUCUAAGGAGGCAGAAGAAGUCUGCAAAGAGAUUGAGGCUUACGGUGGUCAGGCUGUUACCUUUGGUGGGGAUGUCUCUAAGGAAGAGGACGUGGCAGCAAUGAUGAAAACUGCCAUUGAUGCAUUUGGAACAGUUGACAUACUGAUAAACAAUGCAGGGAUCACGAGGGAUACUUUGUUGAUGAGAAUGAAGAAAUCACAGUGGCAGGAUGUUAUUGACCUCAAUCUUACCGGUGUCUUCCUUUGCACACAGGCAGCAGCCAAGAUCAUGAUGAAGAAGAGAAAGGGAAGGAUUAUCAAUAUUGCUUCAGUGGUUGGUUUGGUUGGCAAUGCUGGGCAAGCAAACUACAGUGCUGCCAAGGCUGGAGUUAUUGGCUUUACAAAGACUGUUGCAAAGGAAUAUGCCAGCAGAAAUAUUAAUGUCAAUGCAGUUGCUCCAGGGUUCAUUGCAUCCGACAUGACUGCCAAGCUCGGUGAUGAUAUUGAAAAGAAAAUAUUGGAGGGGAUUCCUCUAGGGAGGUAUGGCCAGCCAGAAGAGGUAGCUGGAUUGGUGGAAUUCUUGGCUCUGAACCCAGCGGCCAGUUACAUCACUGGACAGGGCACCCCCGCCGUCCUCCUCGCCGUCCGCGCCCUCCUAACCGCCGCGGCAGGCGGCGCUCCUCCUCUGGCGGCGCCGAAUUCGGAAUUCCAGAACUCAGUCCUCGAUUUCAGCGCGGCCUACUUCGUCGCCGACCUCCUCCACUACCUCGCCUUCUCCCCCUCCGACGUCCUCUUCAUCCUCCACCACCUGGCCACGCUCUACGUCUUCCUCACCUGCCGCUUCCUCGUCGGCAGGGGAGCGUACGGCCUCCUGGAGCUCCUGAUCCUGGCGGAGGCCACCAGCGCGUGCCAGAACGUGUGGAGCAUCGCCCGGUUCCGCAAGGGCGAGUCGGCCGCGGCGGCGAGGCUGUACGAGUUUCUGUCCCCGUUCUUCUACGUGUUCUACUCGGUGGUGAGAGGGGUCCUGGCACCGAUUUUCAUGAUCCAGAUGGUGGCGUUCUUCGCCGGCGGUGAGGCCCGGGGGUUGAUUCCGGCGUGGGUGUGGGUGUCGUGGAUGGUGGUGAUUGUUGCGGCGAUUGCGGUGAGUGUGAUGUGGGUGUCGAGUCACUGGGUGGGUUGGUGUAAGGAGAGAGGGUUUUGGGGACGGAGCUCUGAUUUGCAAAGGAGUAAUAAUAAGGUGAAGUAG